UCAGAAUUUUAAACUUGGGCUUGCCCUCGCUAAAUAGAGCAACAACUGCAAUAAAAGAUGUGUUGAAUAAGAGUUAACAAUUUCAAGUUUGAAAUCAAUUACACCUGUAACAGUUUGAAAUCAAUUACACCGGAAACCAUAUAACGACUCAACUCCGUGAAUUGAUGCAGUGCCAAUACUUGGAAUAGAACUUUUUCAAGGGCGUUUCCAGCUGUUUCAUAGCCUACAUUUGCAUUUUCCCCGUCAAUAAAUAACAGCCAUUGAAGGUGAAGUUUAGUUGACAAGGUGUUAAAGCAGGAAGACAGAUCUAUGAUAAACAGUCACAAAACAGACUUUUGAAGAGAGAACACAUACUGAACCUUUCCUCCAGUGAAUGACCAAGUAAGAAACAGAGCUGCUAGAGAAUAUUAAUUGCAAAAUGGUUUCAACGGUGAUUCUAGCAACAAUAUUUGUGCUGAUGAUGAAUAUCAUUGUUUACGUGAGCACAGAAUCAAGUCUGUACAUCACAGCCGACAGAUGCUUGGCAAGUCAAAACAGAAUGUAUAGAGUUACGCUUCAAAUAUGCGAAAAAGGAUUCUGGAAGACGGCAGCUAAAAUACAUGAACGCUCACCGAAAGGUGAAAGUUGCCUCGAUAUUUUAAAAAAAGGUUUGAGCCGUGGAAGUGGAGAAUAUUUGAUUGCUCCAAAAGGACAGAGCGCAUUUAAAGUGUACUGUGAUAUGACGUCAUUCGGAGGUGGCUGGACUAUGUGUUAUAAAACUGAUAAUUUUGUCAAUUUAAAGAAUGAAUUGCAUACCACUCCAAGUCUUGGUUACCGGGCUGAUUGCAAUCAUAUACCAUUUAACAGUGUGAUGUUUGUCGAUGAAAAAUCAAAAGCAAAAGCAGCAUUUACCAGAGAUGUAUCAACGAAGAUAACAAUUAACGACAAUUAUGAUAAAAGAGCAAAUGCGUUUGGACAUUGGACUGCAAAAGGUGUCGCUUCAUCGUCAUACAAGUAUCAGCUACUGAUUUGCAAUACUUCAUUUUACAAAGGUCUAAUGGUCUCUGGUUACACAGGCUCGUGUUAUAAGAAGUGCGACCAUUGGUGUGGUGACACCAUAUCGCCAUAUUUCCGUUCUGCAAGCUCAUCAACACUUUUCACCGGAGUAGCAUUCGAUGAAAAUGGCCAUAAACCACUUGCAAAACGCUUGAUCAGUGUCGCAAUUCGUUGAAACUGUAUGACAAUUUACGUAUUAGUACAUAUAAUUCAUCACAAUUUAGUUAUAAUUUUGAUUGUUUUAGCUUUCUUACAGUCUUAGUAAAGAAAUAAAGGGAUUUUUUCAAUGCAAAA